AUGCCCAUCGUACUUCUCUCUUUGUUCACUCUUUACGACUUGAUGAACCUUUGGCAACUUCAACGAUCUCCAUCAGGCCCCGUUCAUUGCUCCGCCUGUCCACUGACGAACGAAACAUUAGUGUUCGCUUUAUCGCUUCAUUAUUGGCUCUCUGCAAUGUCGUCCCCCAAAAGAAGAUAUAGUUACCCCUCAGUAAUUGGACAAACUCUUCAACCUUUGGAAAUCGUUACCGACGAGAGCAUUUCUCUGUUCAACUUUACCAACGUCCUCCUUUCCGCCUUCGGUCCUGCAGAGCUAGGGUCCUCGAGUGAUAUCAUGGACACUGACACAGAACAAGAUCAGUUCUUUGAUGCUUUGGAAUCUUAAUCUCAAUGCUCACUCUGAGCAAGCAUAUAUCUUUCCUUGUUA